AUGAACAAACAAAAAUUAUAGUAAAUUAUUUCUAUUCUAGACUCAAUGAUUGAGAUAACAUCUAAAACGAUGAUAUAGUAGGGAGAUCUGAAUAUUGUUUUAAUUCAUACAGAUGAAAAUAAGCAGAUUAGUAGAAAAUUUAGUAUCUUGGAUACAUUCUAUUUCAUCAACAGUGAUAAUUUAUUCUUAAAAGUCCUAAUAACUUAUGUAAAUCAAUCAGGGAUGAUCGAAAAUAGUGAUUUUUUAUUGCUUCUGUUAUUCCUCAGAAACUUUUACAUAGAAAAUAAUGACAAUCAAUUGAAAACUUUUGAUUAUUAUAUAGAUUAUGUUUAAGAUCUACUUGAAAAAUAAUUUGAUGCGUUUGCAUAAUAAUUUAAUAUUGAAUUAUUGUUGAACGAAUUCUCAACUUUGAAUAUAGCAUUCUAAAAUUUAUUUAAGAGCUCUUUGCUUUCUAAUAUCCUAAGACCGAAGCAUAUUAAAAGUCUGAAGAUUUGCUUGCUAAAGACUAUAGUACAUAUAAUAGAAAAUAAUAGUGAUUCAUUUUUAAAAUAAAGAGAUUUUACUAGCUACUUUUAAUAUAAAAACAAUUUUGCAUGCAACGACAAGAAUUUAUUUUAGGAAAAAAAUGUGAUUAAUAUUUUUAAUGGAAUAUUUAUAGAGUUAUCUAAUUAUGUUUCGGAAACCGAGAGCAAUAUUAAUUUACAAAAUAUUGACGUUUUUAUUUGUCUUCAGUCUCUAGAUUUUGACCUCAAAAAUUUAUUAGAAUAUGGAGAUCACUUAAAAAUAUAAACCUAAGAAACAGAUUCAAUUGAACUUCAAUCGCAACUUACUUAUUAAUAUAUCAAAAAAAAGAUAAAUUAGCUCUUUAAUGAUUUUGGUAUAAAAAAUGGUAAAUUCAGAGUUGGGUUUUUUCAAAAAAGAGUUUCUUAAGAAUUUAAAAGCUUAUUCAAAAAAUACGGUGUAUAUGUGUUUGAUUGCAUUGGGGAAUUAGAUGUAAGAAGGCUUUAAUAUGGCUAUAACAUAAAGGCAUACCCUACCUUAAUUGAAAUGUAAAUACAGCAUUUGAAUGAACCUCAAUCUGAAGAAGCUUAAUAUUUUGUAAAAGUUAAUAAGAUUUAAAUAAUGAGUGACACUAAAUCAACUAGAUAAUACUUAUUUCUGGAAAGCAACAAAUUCUAUCAAGUUUUUAUUUGUGAAGAAAUUCUUUUGUGCGAUGUGUAUGAGGAAUUUAAGAAUUUUAUUAAUGGUUAUAUUAAAUUAAUCUAAGAUCUUUAUUAAGGUGAGCAUCUUAUAUAAAAUAAAGGAAUAUUCUCAUAUUUAAAAUUUGCUAAGCUGAUUGUAGAUGAAAUUUCAAAGAUACAAAAUUAAGAUUUCAAAAGCAAAGCUAAAUUUAACUAAUAUUUUGCAAAUUCUAUUAUAUAGUAUUGCAAGAUUUUUUAAAAGAUGAACAAUGAGGUAUUUGAAUUUAGGGAACUUAGUCUCUUUUGUAGUGAUAUAUCAGGAGAAUUGCAAAAAAUGAUAGAAUAAGUUGAUUAUGGCAAUCUUUCUGACACCAAUCUUAUCAAAAAGAGUAGCUUUUAAAGUAGAUUAAAAUAAAUAUUUCUAGUAUUGUAAACCUUAACAAAGUUCGUUUUCUGA